UUGACGACGACUGCAGCCUGCCAGAGAGAGACGGGAGGCGAUACGAAGAAGAGGGUACCAUUCUGCCGAGCGUCAAGAUAACUUGUCUUUUAUUUAUGCAUUAUUUCGCAUCAUCGGGAGAAUAGGGUGCGAUCCGAAGAACAGGAGAGGAAAAUUGACCCUUUCUUUUUGAUAUUCCUUAAUAUCCCCCCUUUCCCCCAGCCUCUCCGUAGUGUAUUUGAUGCAGCAGAAGGACUGACUGUUGAGAGCAGGUGUGUGUGAGUGUGUGCGAGAGAGAGACCCCAGCGGCCGCUCCUCUCUCCGUCCUCUCCAGUGUCCAAAGAGGAAAUGUCGAGCGAGAAGCCGGGAUCUGCAACUCCACUUUCGGAUCCAGACCGAGACCGAGCCGCUCAUCCCCCGGGCCCCGGCCAGCCCCAGGUCGUUACGGGCGCUGGCUCUGCUCCCAUCGGGGACAGGAUGGUCUCUGGAUCCGGCUCCAUGGUGCUCCCGGCCGUGCCGAUCAGGAAUAUCCAAAUGAAAUUCGCCGUACUGGUCGGCCUCAUUCAGGUUGGCGAGGUUAGCAACCGGGACAUCGUCGAAACGGUUCUCAACCUGCUGGUGGGAGGUGAGUUUGACCUAGAGAUGAACUUCAUCAUUCAGGACAGUGAGAGUAUCGGCUGUAUGGUCGACCUACUGUCUCACUGCGAAGUCACCUGCCAAGCUGAGGUGUGGUCCAUGUUCACAGCCAUCCUGAGGAAGAGUGUGAGGAACCUUCAGACCAGCACAGAGGUGGGCCUCAUACAACAGGUCCUGUCCAAGAUGAGCUCUGUGGACGACAUGAUCGCAGAUCUGCUAGUGGAUAUGCUGGGGGUGAUGGCCAGCUACAGUAUCACAGUGAAGGAGCUGAAGCUUCUAUUCAGUAUGCUGAGGGGAGACAACAGUAUCUGGCCUAGACAUUCUAUCAAGUUGUUGUCUGUGUUGAACCAGAUGCCUCAGAGACACGGUCCAGACACCUUCUUCAACUUCCCUGGUCGCAGUGCAGCGGCCAUAGCGUUGCCUCCCAUCGCAAAGUGGCCUUACCAGAACGGCUUCACUCUCAACACCUGGUUCAGACAAGAUCCCCUCAACAACAUCAACGUAGACAAGGACAAACCAUACCUCUACUGUUUUCGGACCAGUAAAGGUGUUGGUUACUCAGCUCACUUUGUGGGGAACUGUCUGAUCGUGACAUCACUCAAGUCCAAGGGGAAAGGCUUCCAACACUGUGUGAAGUACGACUUUCAACCCCGCAAGUGGUACAUGAUCAGCAUCGUCCACAUCUAUAAUCGCUGGAGGAACAGUGAGAUCCGUUGCUAUGUCAACGGUCAGCUGGUCUCCUAUGGCGACAUGGCCUGGCACGUCAACACCAAUGACAGUUAUGAUAAGUGUUUUCUAGGUUCGUCAGAGACAGCAGAUGCUAACAGGGUGUUCUGUGGUCAGCUGGGGGCCAUCUACGUGUUCAGUGAGGCUCUCAACCCCGCUCAGAUCUUCGCCAUACAUCAACUGGGUCCGGGCUACAAGAGCACCUUUAAGUUUAAGUCGGAGAGUGAUAUCCACCUGGCGGAGCACCAUAAGCAGGUCCUGUAUGACGGGAAGCAGGCCAGCUCCAUCUCUUUCACCUACAACGCCAAGGCCACCGACGCACAGCUCUGUCUGGAGUCAUCGCCCAGAGAGAACACAUCCAUCUUCGUUCACUCACCACACGCACUCAUGCUGCAGGAUGUGAAGGCCAUAGUGACCCACUCCAUCCACAGUGCCAUCCAUUCUAUAGGAGGGAUUCAGGUCCUCUUCCCUCUCUUCUCACAACUGGACUACAGACAACUCAACGACAGCUCUGUGGACACCAGCGUGUGUGCCACCCUGCUAGCGUUCCUGGUUGAGCUGUUGAAAAGCUCCGUAGCCAUGCAGGAACAGAUGCUGGGGGGGAAAGGAUUCCUGGUGAUCGGGUACCUGCUGGAGAAGUCGUCCAGGGUCCACAUCACCAGAGCGGUGCUGGAACAGUUCUUGUCCUUUGCUAAGUACCUGGACGGUUUAACCCACGGAGCGCCACUCCUCAAACAGCUGUGUGACCACGUCCUCUUCAACGCUGCCAUCUGGAUACACACACCUGCCAAAGUCCAGUUGUCCCUGUACACCUACCUGUCUGCGGAGUUCAUUGGCACGGCGACCAUCUACAGCACCAUCCGCCGUGUCGGUACCGUGCUGCAGCUGAUGCACACGCUGAAGUACUACUACUGGGCCAGCAACCCACUGGAGAGCAGUGGCAUCACACCGAAAGGACUGGAUGGACCGAGGCCGUCCCAGAAGGAGAUCAUCUCUCUCAGAGCCUUCAUGCUGCUGUUCCUCAAACAACUCAUACUCAAGGAUCGGGGAGUGAAGGAAGAUGAGCUACAAAGCAUCCUGAACUACCUGCUCACCAUGCAUGAGGAUGAUAAUAUCCAUGAUGUUCUUCAGUUGUUGGUGGCUCUGAUGUCAGAACACCCAGCCUCCAUGAUCCCAGCCUUCGACCAGAGAAACGGCAUACGGGUGAUCUGUAAACUCCUAGCCUCUAACAGUGAGAACAUCAGAGUCCAGGCUCUAAAAGUCCUGGGAUACUUCCUCAAACACCUCGGACACAAGUGA